UCUUACGCAAGAAACCAGGGAAAAUGUGCUAGCACAUCUGGAUUCCUUGCGCCCUGCAGGAUCUUCUACUUCGGAAAAGCACGAGGGACGAGUGCAGUUGUGUGGUGCGCCGUUCGAUCUAACAACUCUAAAAACUCUCUGCAACAUCGCCACCCCUGCAUCAACGCAACUAGCAGAAAGCGACGGUGGCACCAGCAGGCAACAGCUUGCAUUGAAGGUGGGAGAGGACGGGCGCCGUCCUGAUGCUGCUGAAGAUGAUGUUGUUGAAGAUUCUUUGAAACUUGAACUAGAGAAGAAAGCCUCGUCGUUCGCUGUUGAUGUGCAGGGGGCACAAGUAGAGCAGCAGGCCGAGGAAGUAGCCACUCCGUCCACGAUAUCGGUCGGGACGCCUAGUACAGCAGAUGAGACAAAAACGGAUGUCCAAGAAGAAGACCAGCCAAGUGCCCGACUCCCGACGCCCCAGCGGCCAGGUCGGCGGGCCGAAAAGAGGCAGAGGCUCCUGGAGAAACAAGAACGGGAAAAGGUAGCAGCAGCAAGGAAGCAGCUGUAUGAGAGUAGUGUGAACAUUCUGAAGGUGGAUAAACGACAUCUGGAAGUAAUAACGCAGUGGGCUACAAAGGCGAACGAGGCCUUUUUCUUAUCUACCGCUGCGUUUGACGCUCAUCGCGAGAGCUCACAGGAGGAGCGAGUAGCUCGGCUGAAAAAGAAUGGCAAAGGCCUGGAACCUGCUCUGUACAAAAAGAUGGCGCGUUUGGUUGACUUUCUCCCAACGUGGGGCGAAUGCCUGGCCCACCGGGACUGCGUGCUGCGGUUUUCGCGUGACCGCUUCCUCGAUAAAAAAACACCAAGUGCCUCAUCAUCCACAACGUCAACACAGCCCGGUGCGGCAGGAUCAGGAUCACCAAAAACGAACUGGUUUGCGGGAAUCGAAGACGAUUUUGCGGAAUCAGUAUUGCAUGCAAGCAGACUCUUAGCCGAAACAAACCCCAUUCUGGAGGCGAUACAGCUGGCGGUGUCCGCUCACCCGAACAGAGAAUACGAAAAGUCCCUGCCCAUGUAUAGUUUCGACCGAACCGGUCGCUGGGCGGGCGCGGAUGCGCAAACCGAGGAAUUUCUUCGGAAUGUUGACUUGAAAAACAAGCUGGGUCCUUAUUUCGUGGACGACAAGAUAGUAAACAAAGAUGGAGAUAAAACGAUGACGCCUGCUGCUGGAGCUGACCCUGUAGUUGACGCUCAACCUAAAAAGCAAGCGAGAAUGUUUCGUACCGGGGCGCAUGUGCUAGACCACCUGCGCAAGGAAGAGAAUCUGGGCGCAUUCAAGGUAGCCUUGACACCUGACGCAACAAGCAAAGUUACCAUUCUUCCUGGGGAGUUCCGCGCGCAACCUUGGGAUACUCGUGGGGUUCCGCCCGUGGUGCGUGUCACGCUAGGGAAAUCGAUCCAUAUGCAAGUCGGAAUGCUUGACCUUCGCGAAUUAUUGAACUUGGAGAUAGUUGAGGACCACAACAAGAAGAACAGCGAGCAGAUGAUAAAAAACGCGAGCGAAGGUGGCAAGAAAGAUAAGGAAGAGCAGCUCAAGCCCGGAGCGUCGCAAGUCGCAAUCAUCGGCCUCAGUAAGAGCCACAGAUCCUACGCGAAGUGUUGCGUGCUUGUGCACAUGUUGCGCGACCCAGCCGUGCCGGUACUUGCCAUUCUCGAGGUUUGGUAUUCCUCGGUGUGGGCGCCCGCCACGCUGACAGCUUUUCGAAACGCCUGCAAGCAGCUCGUGGAAGACCCGGGCACGUUCGGGAUGACGGCCUCCUGUAAGGCAGCUCUGAGUGACUUCCUGCCAUUUUGGCUCAACCAGGAACCGCUCCCGCUCGCGGAAGCGUACCGGAGUUGGAUGCGAAACCACGGGGAACUGCCGGACGAAAGACCGGCGGACGACGGUCAUGGCCAGCCUUUGAAAUGGACGUGCUUCCAGGCGUGUUGCAACCUGCGGGAGCCGCACGACAGCGAGGCCCUAGUGGAUUACUGCUUCACCGGAAACCUAAUACUGCAGCCGCCUCCGUGUUCUAGUACUUCGUCCCAGAUAUUAAACGAGGGUGACAGCACCAGCACACUCCCAGAGUACCAGCCCGAUGAAGAAAUCAAAAGUUUGCAUCGCGGUGGGAACAACAACAACAAAAAGUCCAAAAAGCGGGGCGGAUGCAAAGAAAAGGAAAGAGAAAUGGAGGACAAAGUGGAGGCGUUCUUGAACGAGCGCGGGGACGAAAAGAACAAUCCCCGGUUCAACAACAAGUCUUUUGUGGGCAACGUCACCAUCUGGAACACUCCGGAGGCCGACAUUCAGCUGCUGCAGAAUAGGCUCCACGCGUUGGCAGCGAUGUCGAUGGCGGAGUAUCUGGAAGAAAGGAAGGUCCGAUACAGUCUGGCUGAGCAGAAGGAAAUUUUCGGGUUCCAGUUCGAACCAAAGACCAUCGUCGACUUGUUCAUCAGUCGCACGGCGAGAAAGCUUUGGAAUUUUCGCAAGCUUUUGCGUGCGGACAAGAUCCUCUUUAGUUUCAUGCAAAUGCCUCCGCUGUCCCAGCCGAAGAGCCAACGGAAUUUCUACGAAGCGAUCGGGGAAGUGAAGCCCACCAGCAUUUCGUGGAACGACGAAAUUGACCGCUUUACCUGUGAAGAUUUCCACGAGAUCGCCAGACGUUGCUGCGCCGCAGACAAGCUGCCGCCGGGACAUUCUUCCGUGACGAAGCACUACGGCUACUCGUUUCGCUGGGUGUACGAGACGCUGGGAACGCAGCUUACAGAUUUUGGUCAUCCCGACGGGGGCGCAGAGAACGAUGAGGGAAGUUGGCGGGUGCAAGCCAUUCUCGACGAGCUCCUGGGGCGCGAGGGGACGGAAACACGUCAAAAAAUGGAACAGGGCUACAGCCAGGAACUCGAAGAAUGGGUUUCCUUGCCCGUCCGCGCACCACUCUUGCCGCUGAGCGGGCAUUUUUUGCAAAGUUUCGCUUGCCACACGUGGGUCAAGCAUUUUGGCGACAAGGCGGAAGCGGGUACGGCCGAGGAGGGUGAAAAAGCCGUGGUGAAAGGAGAAGGUCAUGAUGAAGCGAAAAGCGCGGGAGAUGAAACCCGACAAGAGAUUCAGUGCGACCCGAACGUGACUCCAGGAUCUUCCGCAGAAGCAGUUUCAGCUCCUGCAGCGUCUGUACAGCAGGUGGAACGGAAACCACACAGAUUGUUCAGGUGCGACGCUAAAACGGAUGGUAUGCGACUUUUCUCGUUUCUUGAAGAACGUAACACUCAGCAGCUGCCGCUGGAAUGGACCUAUGCGAAGUUGGAUUCACAUGCGGUCGAAAGCGCUCAGAGUCUGUAGCGUUGUCAGCAAACGGACCAAAAACAAAAUUCUUCGAAACGAAAAGCAAGAACCCAAGCGAAAAUUUAACUGCUCGUGCUGUCUGGCUAGUGUAAUGCUACUGCCUUCGGAUCGUCUAAUCUCUGCCUGGAAGACAUCUCGUGUGAAAGCACAUGACGAUUCUUAGUGUACAUCCAUUUCUGGGGUCACUGGUGAAUCUCGCUUUGAAUAAAGUAAAAGUAUGUUGUUGAGACGUGGCAACCGUUUCUGACGGCUGAUAAAAAUUAUCGGUGGUGCGAGGACUGCGAGCCAAACGCGUAAUAUGGGAAGACGGUC